AGUUCCCACGCUCGUGCCAAAAAAGCUGCCCGACUAGCUGCAUCUACUUUAGUAGGGGCUGUGAUCCUGCCUACCAACUGCAAGCUUUUACACUAGCUUGGGUUUGGGUCUUCCCCAUAUCAGAGACAUCGGGGAGUCCUUUGUGCGUAUGGUUUUGUCAUAACCGCUCAAGAGUGAAGAACUGGCAUGUUAUCCCCUGGGCGACAUGCUCGGCGUCCAUCAUGGUUAGGCAAAGGCACGGGUGCAUCUCGAAUUGUAAUGAAGCGCGGCUUUGCAAUCCAUUCAAUCUACCCUGGACCGAACGUGGGUGAAGUAGAAUCUUCGUCAGAAAAGUAUCGUGUAUGCGUCAUUGGCGGUGGACAUGCGGGAUGUGAGGCUGCUGCAGCUUCAGCUAGAACCGGGGCUCGAACGCUUCUCCUUACCCAGAAACUCGAUACUAUUGGCGAAAUGAGCUGUAAUCCUUCGUUUGGAGGAGUGGGAAAGGGCACAUUGGUUCGGGAAGUAGACGCACUAGACGGCGUGUGCGGUCGGGUUGCUGACAAAGCGGGGAUAAUGUUCCACAUAUUAAAUAGGUCCAAAGGUCCUGCAGUAUGGGGUCUUCGCGCCCAAAUCGAUAGGAAGUUAUACAAGAAGCACAUGCAAGAAAUAUUGUUUAAUUAUCCGAACCUCGAUAUCCGGGCAGCCAGCGUGCACGACUUACUCUGGGAUCAACCAUCUAUUCCCCAUGACACAGGGAAUGCCGCCCUAGACAAUCCCAAUCCCUUCAAACCACCGGUUUGGGCCCAAGUUGCCGGUGUCCGUCUUGACACCGGCGAGGAAAUUAAGUGCUCGUCGGUGGUCUUGUCCACAGGUACCUUCCUUUCCGGCGAGAUUCAUAUUGGCCUUGUAGCCUACCCAUCUGGGCGCAUCAAUGACCCGGCGUCUCCACCAGAAGGCCUAUCCGCUUCUUUGAGAAAGGCUGGAUUUCAGCUUGGAAGACUGAAGACAGGGACACCCCCUCGCUUGGAGAAAAACAGCAUAGAUUGGAAUCAUCCACAAAUAAUAGAACAAAAGGGCGAUUCGGACGUUAUACCGUUCUCGUAUCUUACUGAUCGUGCCGCUAACGAGCAUAAUCAAGUAUCUUGCUAUCGAACACGGACUACUCCUGAAACCCACAGGAUAAUUCGAGAUAACCUACAUCUUAGCAUCCAUAUCAGAGAGACCGUUAAAGGCCCGAGAUACUGCCCAUCGAUAGAGUCCAAAGUCAUCAGGUUCACCGAAAAAGACGGGCAUACAGUAUGGUUGGAACCAGAAGGCUACCACUCAGAUGUGAUAUACCCGAACGGUAUAUCCUGUACUCUCCCAGCGGAUAAGCAAGAACAAAUGCUACGUACCAUUCCGGGACUUGAAAAUGUCAAUAUGAUUCGACCAGGUUACGGUGUCGAAUAUGACUGUAUCGAUGCUCGAGAGCUCAAAGCAACUCUUGAGACGAAACGUAUACCCGGAUUGUUUCUCGCUGGUCAAAUAAAUGGCACUACUGGAUACGAAGAGGCCGCCGCCCAAGGCAUUCUUGCGGGUGCCAACGCGGGACUUUCUGCGCUUUAUCGAUCGCCAAAGAAGCAGUUUGUACUAACGCGAGCGGAUGGCUUUUUGGGAGUGAUGGUCGAUGACCUGAUCUCGAGGGGCGCCGCAGAACCGUAUCGCAUGUUUACCAGUAGGAGCGAAUAUCGCAUGACUAUCAGAGCAGAUAAUGCAGACAUGAGACUCACCGAUAAAGGUUUAUUUGGCUUUCCAUCGUUCAGUUUCAUUGCUGAACACAAAGCAAGUGUAGGUCGAACCAUCGGAAUUGUCUCUGAUAGAAGAUGGACGAAGUACGUCCAAUCAAUGGAUGACCUGAAGCGGAUCAAAACUUCGUUAGAACAGCACACAUUGAGCCCCCAAGGAUGGAAUGCCGCAGGUUUCAGGGUUGCCGCCGAUGGGAUUCAGCGAAGUGCUUACGACCUCUUGGGUUUCCCGACUAUCUCUACGCGAGAUUUCGUUCCAAUCAUACCGGAGCUGGCUCAAUAUCAUCCGCGAAUCCUUGAUCGAAUGGAUAUUGAAGGUCGAUACCGAUUUUAUCUCAAGCGUCAAGCGCAUGACGUUAAAGUCUUCAUGCAAGAUGAGGAAAUGACUCUCCCGUCCGACAUUAAUUACGGCGACGUACAGGGGCUUAGCUAUGAAGUCCGGGAGAGACUCACAAGACUGAGGCCGACAAGUAUUGGUGCCGCGAAGCGCAUGGAGGGCAUGACACCGACUUCACUGCUCCAUCUCAUUGGGUAUAUGAGGGGAAGCAAAGGUGUCACUUCAACGAAGGGCAUGAGGGGGUCAGGCAAUGCAGGAUUGUAAUGGACAGAACGAUCGAGGUCGAUGUCAUAUCAUCAUUAUAAUUCCAUACGGUGCCGCACAUUCGUAAUGUGUGCUGGAGCCCAUAAAAUAAAGGAGUCUCGGUGUUCAUGUCUUCAUUUCAGUGCUUGGCAGGCCAGCUUUUCCGAAAGUCGUCGUCCCGCCACCAUACUUUGUUCCUACUUCAUUUUUCAGAGAGGGAUUAUCAGGCUCGACGAUUUUUUAUGACUCUACCUGCAACAAGUGCGCUCCCGUCGUCUCCCACCACAGGGGGCUUAUCUUCUAGAUGAAGAUUACCAAAAUUCCCCUCAACGGAGGCUAUAAUUUUGGCGCUAUCAGGGG